GUGAUGGAAGGAAACAGGACCCACCUGACUGAGUUUGUUCUCAGAGGAAUAACAGAUCGUCCAGAACUGCAAGUCCCCCUGUUUCUGGUGUUCGUCUCCAUAUAUGUCAUCACCAUGGUGGGCAACCUUGGUUUAAUCUUUCUCAUCUGGAAGGAUCCCCAUCUUCACACUCCUAUGUACCUUUUCCUUGGACAUUUAGCCUUUGCUGAUGGUUGUAUUUCAACCACAGUGACUCCAAAAAUGCUUAUGACAUUUUUGUAUAAAAAUGUCAUGAUAUCCCUGGGUGAGUGUUUUGCCCAGUAUUACUUUUUUUGUAUCAGUGCAACUACCGAAAUUUUUCUCCUGGUAGCGAUGGCCUAUGACCGUUAUGUAGCUAUAUGUAACCCUCUGCACUAUGCAGUUGUGAUGUCCAAUAGACUCUGCACUGUGUUAGUAAGUAUGUCAUACAUAAUUGGUUUUGUAAACUGUGGAGUUAAUGUAGGGUUAUUAUUUAGAUUGACUUUCUGUAAGUCCAACAUAAUUGACCAUUUCUACUGUGAAAUCUUGCCACUCUAUACACUCUCUUGUACUGAUCCAUCACUUAAUACAUUGAUCAUUUUUAUUUGUGCUUCUUCCAUACAAAUCAGCACCUCUGUGACCAUUGUAGUCUCUUAUGGCCGUGUCCUAUUUGCUGUCCUGAACAUGAAGUCUAAGAAGGGCAGAAAGAAAGCCUUCUUCACCUGCAGUGCCCACCUGCUUUCUGUCUCUUUGUUCUAUGGCACUCUCCUCUUCAUGUAUGUAAGCCAUGGGUCUGGACCAAAUAAAACCCAGGAUAAAAUGUAUUCACUGUUCUACACAGUUUUGAUUCCUCUGUUAAACCCCUUUAUUUACAGUUUAAGAAACAAAGAAGUUUUAGGUGCUCUGAAAAAAGUUGUAAAAGGAUAA